UCAGAUCAAUAAACUCCAACCAAGUUGGGCAGGUGCAGCUUGUAAACCUAGCUGUCAUUUCUUAUUUCGAACUAACAUACAUAAUAGGGUCUAUUCUUUUUUUAAACCUUUCAUCCUAAAAAGGGUAUUUACUUACCAUGAGUUCGGAACAAGAGGUUCUAUCUGGACCACCAGCCCCAGAGCUUCUAGACGAUCGAAUUUGGGUCGAUGGGUGCUGGGAUUUCUUCCACCACGGCCAUGCCGGUGCUAUGUUACAAGCCCGUCAACUCGGCACCGAGUUAUAUGUUGGUGUGCACUCCGACGAGGCCAUCCUAGAGAAUAAAGGACCAACGGUCAUGAAUCUACGGGAACGGCUCGCUGCCGUAGAUGCUUGUCGCUGGGUUACCCGAUCCGUCGCAUACGCGCCAUAUGUUACGCAGCUAGAUUUCAUAAGUCACUUCGGUUGCAAGUAUGUGGUGCACGGAGACGACAUUACUUCGGACAGUAGCGGUGAGGAUUGCUAUCGAUUCGUGAAGGCGGCUGGUCGUUUCAAGGUGGUUAAGCGCACACCGAGUAUAUCGACAACUGACCUUGUUGGGCGCAUGUUGCUGUGUACUAGAACGCACUUCAUUAAGUCGCUAGAAAAUGUGCUCGCCGGCACGGAGGGUAGCGGUACCGCAACUGAGAAAAAGUCGGAGGGGGAGGCUAUGCAAAAUCGAAUCCAUCAAUAUGCGACCGACGAAUCUGGGAAGAACCCUGGCGCCGACGUAUACUUCUGGUCAGCUUCCAACGCUGCGAAAACUGAAACCACAGAAGAAAAGGGCGCGUUCCGUCCGUUGCUCAAGGGCUCGGGUCCGAAGCCAGGCCAAAGGGUAGUCUACGUCGAUGGAGGGUUUGAUUUAUUUUCUAGUGGACAUAUCGAAUUCCUCCGUCAAGUCGUAUUGGCUGAAGAGAGUUUGGCUAAGAAAGAUGGAUGGUAUGAUCAGCAAGCUGUCGACGAACGCGUCGGUAAGGGUUCCGAUUAUGGUCCAGUUUUCGUGGUUGCAGGAGUACAUGACGAUGAGGUCAUCAACCAUUGGAAAGGUGUGAAUUAUCCGAUUAUGAAUAUCUAUGAGCGCGGCCUCUGCGUGCUUCAGUGCCGGCAUAUUAACGCUGUCAUAUUCGGUGCACCAUUCUCGCCUAGUAAAUCGUACCUUACGAGUUCUCCUUGGGGAACCCCCGACGCUGUGUACCACGGGCCAACGGCAUUCAUGCCGCUCUCGUACGACCCUUACACUGCACCAAAACAGAUGGGUAUUUUCCAGGAAGUCUCGAGUCACGAGUUCCAAGAUGUUAACGCCGGCACUAUUGUACAACGAAUUAUGAAGAGUAGAGACCUGUACGAGGAGAGACAGAGAAAGAAGGGCGUUAAAGCCGUUGGCGAGGCUGCGCAUCGACAAAGAGAGAUACUCGAGGAAGAACAGCGCCGAAAGGAGGAGAAACUAAUCUCUGCUACCUAGGUACAUAAAAACGUAUCUUUACUGGAGGUAGUUAUUCGACUUGCAUUUAAUACACGGAAAAGGAGGAUAGAGAAAGCUGAUUUGCGAAUGCUUUGCAGGUAGUUGUGGCUUCACCUACAUUAUAGAAACUAGAGCCACCCCUGUUCUACCUAUUACAUUCAUCAGCGUCUACCACAGACACACAUCCUUUAGUCCAUCUUAGCCUUAUUACUCUAUCCUCAAUUUAAAACCCCAAUUAGUACAGUACUUACAUGAUUCACCUAGAUUUGUGGUCAUCUAUCGAAAAUGGAGUUUGAUGUACUAGAGCCUGAAUAGGGUUAGGAUAAUCGAGAUUUGCGGCUCACAAUACGGCUCACUAAGUACCGGCAUCCCGAGC